AUGGCGUCACCAAGCAAAGCGAACGGCCCAAUACUGGUGCCGCCGUCAAAUUUUGCUAUGGUAGAAGAUGGCAUUUAUCGCAGCGCUUACCCCACCGAGGCAAACGUCCUGUACCUGCGCCACAUCGGUAUCACGCAUAUUGUGCUUCUCUCUAUCGAGCAGCUGCCAGGCCCGGUGAAGCGCUUGCUGGGGUCAGAAGUCACCGGGAAGGCCGCCAGCAGCUGCCUCACUCGAGGUCCCAUUCACAUUAUGGAUAUUGUAGAUAUGCACACCUGGUGCGUGGAUGGAAUGAACAGUGGGGACGAUUUUAGCUGCCGCGACGUGAUACGAGCCUUGGACUUCGCAGUGGACAGGCGGUGGCACCCAGUGCUAUUCGCCUGCCCUCUUGGCGAGCUACAAACGAACGUGUUAAUCGGGUGUAUGCGGCGCUACCAACACUGGGCCCUCUCAACUAUAUUCAGCGAAUGUGAACUCUACACAACUGUGUGCAGGACUCUUCGGCAGUCGAUAUUGCUUUUCAUUGAGUCUUGGGACCCCGCCAACAACCCCAUUAGCUCGGUGAACGUGCAGUACCGUAAUCGCGAAAUGAUGCUGCGGGAGCGCUUGCGUGCGCAGCAGGAGCGUCGCAAGCACCGGCACGCCUCCGCCGCGUUCGAAGGAAACCGGAGCAGAACGAGCGACUCUGACUCCAUCGAAGACAUGGCGGACGAGGACGAGGCACUGACGAGCGGCAUGAAUGACCUACUUGACAAGAUCUCCGUAGAUGGUAAGAACAGCAACACCGUCCUCACCAUGCAACAUGCCUACAACGAGAUGAGCGUAGCAGUGACGUCGCCUCCAGCAGACUUGAAGGCGCCGAAUCCGGACGCAGCGUCCAUCUCAACAAGUGGACAGCGCCCGCCAAUGAUGGUACGUCGGGCGGCUGCGGCUGCCGCGGCUGCACGACUCCGCGAGCGGCAGGAAAAGCAACUUCACAACGAAAUCUCGUCGAGUGAAGCAGAGGGCCAGGCAAGCUUUCUGGAGGUAGAGGAAGGGAAGGCGACCGGCAUCAUUUGGGCGGAGUGGUACCUGGAGGCUCUUCGUGUCGCUGAGGAGCUGAGGCCGCAGACGUACAGCUCGACAUCGGUGAGCUGUGGUACCGUCGAUAUGUCCUUGGGAGCCGACCUUCCACCACCGCAUGUGCUCUAUGCCGGCGCACGCAAUCCACCGGCGCUCGAUGCCCGUUCCACCUUCACCAAAGAGUCCAUCGUGGAGGAAGAUGACGACUGA